AUGACAACCAUAAUGUCAAAGCCAAAAAUUCCGGAUGCGAACUACCUGACCUAUCUCACAACCUUCCCUCUCCCACUGAGGGGUUCCAGUUCUAAGGAUCCCUUGCAGACGUAUGCAGUCCUGUACACUCUGUGCUUCCCUCCGGCGACCAAGUCGUACCUGAUCAACUCUCGAGAUGAGCCAAUGGAUUUCGACUAUGCCCCUUCCCAUCUGGAUUCUGGGAACCCGAACAUCAAGCAGGGUUGUCGCCAUCGACGAGUUAGAUUGAGGUCGACGAAGUCAGUGAUGGUUGGGGCGAAGCUGGAGAUAGUGGAUGACAUGCUAGAGCUGGCCAUUCGACUAUGGGCCGGCGUCGACACCGCCGUGGAUACACGACGUGGUGCAGAGAUACUUAAACGGGUCUACGAAGGGCCCUUCGCCCCCGAAAAGAAAGGCGUCGCCGCGAGCCUUAUCGCCCAUUUCUUCUUCCAUUGUGAGCACCCAGCAAUGGAUACACCCAUCUUCGGAAUGUCUCCCCGGAUGCGCCACUGGGUCGCGGCGAUCCACUGGGCAGCGCAGAGUUGCCGCCUGGGACUCUUCUCGUUCAUCUGCAACCUCAUCGCAGAGUGCGCGCUGAGCCUCCCAGACGACAAGGCCUCAUAUGAGGGGGAGCUGAGGGGUGAUCUGGACCUCGUGCUUGCCCAGCGUGAGGUGUUCGUUGGGGAGACGGGGUAUCAGCCGCGUAUGACGACGAUAUGUGGGCAGUGCUUGAAGACGCCCCCCGAGGGCUCCCGGCUCUUGCAGUGCGCUGGGUCCUGUGCAAGGGUUCGAAGGCCUCAGUACUGCUCUCGACAGUGUCAGAAAGCGGAUUGGAGCAGACAUCGGAAAUGGUGCAAGAAAGACCUCGAUCCUGCCUCCGAUAGCGUGGACGAAGAGGCACUGUAUAAUAUGCAUAUGGUGAACGACGACCCUUCAAAAUCGUAA